AUGCAGCCACACAGCGAAUGUGGCUUUGAACGCUGGGCACCCUUCCGACACAUGCCUCUCCAGUGGUCAGCCAAGCGACCAGGCGAUUCUUUGAUUGAUAUCGGUGCUGCGCAGCGUCCACUGAUUGUUAGCAGAGCAAACAACAUUGAAUUAUACGUUAGCAGGUGUUUCAGUGGCCAAGAGAUGGGAAAGCCCAAAUUACGGCGUAUCGCACGUUCCACAGAAAACGACCAAGCAGAAUUAUCCGGUAAACAGCUUCGCUGCACUUUUUUUACUGAAAAGAAUUAUGCGUAA